AUGCAGGAGCCGCUGCUGGGAGCCGAGGGCCCGGACUACGACACCUUCCCCGAGAAGCCGCCACCGUCGCCGGGGGUCGGGGCGCGCGACGGGGCCCUGCGGAACAAAAGGGUGUUCCUGGCCACCUUUGCUGCCGUGCUGGGCAACUUCAGCUUUGGGUAUGCCCUGGUCUACACGUCCCCAGUUAUCCCAGCCCUGGAGAACUCUUCAGAUCCAGACCUGCAUCUGACAAAAACCCAGGCAUCCUGGUUUGGGUCCGUGUUCACCUUGGGAGCAGCAGCUGGGGGCCUCAGUGCCAUGGUCCUCAAUGACUUCCUGGGCAGGAAGCUCAGCAUCAUGUUUUCAGCUGUGCCCUCAGCGGCAGGCUACGCGCUCAUGGCAGGUGCCCACGGCCUCUGGAUGCUGCUGCUGGGGAGGACGCUGACGGGCUUCGCUGGGGGGCUCACGGCUGCCUGUAUCCCGGUGUAUGUGUCUGAGAUUGCCCCCCCAGGUGUUCGCGGUGCCCUGGGGGCCACGCCCCAACUCAUGGCAGUGUUUGGAUCCCUGUUCCUCUACGCCCUUGGCCUGCUGCUGCCGUGGCGCUGGCUGGCCGUGGCCGGGGAGGGGCCUGCGCUCCUCAUGAUCCUGCUGCUCAGCCUCAUGCCCAACUCGCCGCGCUUCCUGCUGUCACGGGGCAGGGACGAGGAGGCACUGCAGGCUCUGGCCUGGCUGCGCGGGGCCGGCGCUGACGUCCACGGAGAGUUCGAGCAGAUCCAGGACAACGUCCGGAGACAGAGCAGCCGAAUGUCGUGGGCUGAGGCCCGGGACCCCCACAUGUACCGGCCCAUCCUCAUCGCCCUGCUGAUGCGCUUCCUGCAGCAGCUGACAGGCAUCACCCCCGUCCUGGUCUACCUGCAGUCCAUCUUCGACAGCACUGCCGUUCUGCUGCCCCCCCAGGACGAUGCAGCCAUCGUGGGGGCCGUGCGGCUCUUGUCAGUGCUGAUCGCCGCCCUCACCAUGGACCUCGCUGGCCGCAAGGUCCUACUGUUUGUCUCAGCAGCCAUCAUGUUUGCUGCCAACCUGACGCUGGGGCUGUAUGUCCACUUCGGUCCCAGGCCUCUGACCCCCAAUAGCACCAUGGGCAUCGAGACUGUACCCUUGGGGGGCACCCCGACCAACUACCUCACCCUGGUGCCCCUGCUGGCCACCAUGUUGUUCAUCAUGGGCUACGCCAUGGGCUGGGGGCCCAUCACCUGGCUGCUCAUGUCUGAGAUCCUGCCUCUCCGGGCCCGUGGCGUGGCCUCGGGGCUCUGCGUGCUGGUCAGCUGGCUCACCGCCUUCAUCCUCACCAAGUCCUUCCUGCUGGUGGUGAACGCCUCCGGUCUCCAGGUGCCUUUCUUCUUCUUUGCGGCUAUCUGCUUGGUGAACCUACUGUUCACAGGCUGCUGUGUGCCUGAGACCAAGGGCCGGUCACUGGAGCAGAUCGAGUCCUUCUUCCGCACCGGGAGGAGGUCCUUCCUGCGCUAA